GGGGAGGCAGAGAGACAGAGGGAGGCAGAGAGCCAGAGACAAAUGGAGGAGAUCAACAGACUCAAACAACUGGUGGAUCUGCUGAUAACGCAACUACAACUGGCCCAGCAAGAGAUAGCGAUAUUGAGGCUAUGGCAGAAAGUCAUGGAAUAUCAGCGACCAAGACUGGCCUGGAACAACAAACCUAUUGAGACGGAAAGACAGAGUGAAAGACAGAGGGAAAGGGAGAGAAAAGCAGAAUUGGAGAGACAAGAAAUGAAGGAGAAAGUGAAACAGGCAGAGGAAACAAUAAAAGCGUUAGAACGAGAGAUUGAGAGAUUGAAAGAGAUUGAACAGGAAAUAGCAUUUGAAAGAAAAAGAGACAUGCGUAUUGCAGAGAAUGAGGAAGUCAAACAGGUUAACAAAAAGGUAAAAGAGUUAGAGAGAGAGGUUGAGAGAUUGAAAGAAGACAUGACAACAAAAGAGAUUCAAUACAAAAUAAAAUUUCAAAGAGCGAAAGAAGCGUUUAGAAGACAGAAUGAAAGAGUGAAACAGGUUAACAAAAAUGUACUAGUGUUAGACAGAGAGGUUGCGAGAAUGAAAGAAGAGAUUACAUUGAAAGAUGAGACUGGACCAGAGAGAAAAUUUGAUAGAGACAGAGAGAGAGAUGGAGAGAGAGAGAUGGAGAUGGAGGGAGAGAUAGAGAUGGAGAGAGAGAUAGAGAGAGAGACAGCCCUCAUCAAUGACAACAAGACGUCUGAACUGGAGGAAAUCUUCAAGGAUAUCAAGGAACAGAUGACAGAAUUAGAAAAUAUGGAAACAGACGAGUAUACAUGGAAACAGAACCAAAUGGCCAUGGAGGAGAAGACAGAGGGUGAGAACGACACACAGAAAGAGGUAGAAAGAACGAGAAAAGAGAAAAUACCAAAACAGGGACAACAAGAAGAGGAGAAGAAGAAGGAGAUGGAGGGAGGAGAAGAAGAGGAGAGACACAAACAGAAGCAAAUAGAGAUGGAAGAGGAAGAA